AUGAUGCGGUUUAUAAUUUAUUUGCUAUUUCUAUUUUAUCAUCAAACAACGGCAGGGUUUCUCAGAAUGAAAUGUGGUCCCGUAAUUCUUAACGGUGAUAGUCUACGAGUUGUUGAGCCUGGCAAAGCUGUACCUAAGCAUUACUUACCAUGGCCGGGAGAUAUUUGUGACUCAGAAGAACCAGAAGUUGCUAGUUACUUCUUAUGUAUUGAUUGUGAAACGAAAUGUCCAAAGGAGAGAUUUAGUCGACUUUCUGAUAUUCAUUUGAUCAUCUCACCUACUCCCAUACAUGAAGCCAAAACAUCUUGGUUCAAAUAUGAUAAUGAGGCAAUUGAUCCGAAAGAUAAUUGCAGCAUAGUUGAGAUUACUGGCGAUACGGAACAAUCAUCUACAGAUGCAUUGAAAAGCUUUUCUAAGACUUCCGUUUUAUUUGUUUCCAUCAGUUUCAUCAUUCUCAUGGUUAUUUCAUUAGCCUGGCUUGUCUUCUAUUACGUUCAACGUUUUCGAUAUGCUCAUGCCAAAGAUCGACUUCAGCGUCGGCUAUUCAAUGCUGCUCGUAAAGCUCUUGCACGCAUUCCAACCAGAGCUCUGAAACCUGGAGAUAUAGAACUAGAUACGGAUUGCGCUGUUUGCAUUGAUCCAUAUCAGACAGCUGAUGUUGUUCGAACUUUACCGUGCAGACAUGUUUAUCAUAAGUCUUGCAUAGAUCCCUGGCUAUUAGAACAUCGUACGUGCCCUAUGUGCAAAGCUGACAUUUUAAAAUAUUUUGGUUAUCAAGUAAAUUCAAAUGGCGAUCCAACGCGUGUGGAAAUCGAAAGGGAUGUACAUGAUGCUGAAUCGCCUGAACCUCCUAGCUCAUCAAUAUCAGAGUCAGGCUUUGCUACAUUCCAGCCGGCUCGGGAACAGGACAGUUAUCACUAUAGCCCAGCUCCAUCUCCUCAACUAGUUAUGAGCUCUGCUAGUGCAAAAUCCUUUGCUAUUGUUCCCAUAACAGUUCAUUCAAAACCUUCAUCUCAAUCUCCUGAAGAUGAACUGACAACGAUUGUUGUCCAACCUAAUUCUGCGACAAUAAGUUCAACGGCGUCAACUGGGACAACAACAUCCUCUUUAUCAAGAAGCGAUCGCAAUUCCUCCUCCAGCUAUGUUGAAGUGACGUCUUUGAGCAGCAAUGGUAGCACAAACAGUUCUACUACUACUAUAGUUCGACCACAGACAGCAAGGGCUGGAAGUCAAGGACAGAUUGUGAAUAUAGUCCAAGUAAGAGCUCGAACACCUAGUUGCCCACGUGUUGUGACAGUACGCAAGCCUGAUCGUGGAAUUCAACUAGCUCCUGUGGAUAAUACCUCUCUCAAUAAUGCGGAUACAGCUUGA